AUCUAUCAACAAAUCUCUCACAAUGAUCAUUUCCUAAGAAAUUUUUGAUUUAACAUUAAAUUUUCUUCACUAACUACCUUACCUCUUCUUUAGUUUCUCUGCCGACACUUAAAACUUUCUCUUGGGGUUCCAAUCUUUACAGAUCUUGUGGCCGAACCAAAAGAAGUUCAAAGAGGAGAAAUGGUGAGAGGAAAGAUAGAGAUGAAAAAAAUAGAAAACGCGACGAGUAGAAAAGUGACUUUCUCAAAAAGAAGAAAUGGUUUGUUGAAGAAAGCUUAUGAGCUCUCCGUACUCUGCGAUGCUCAAGUCUCUCUCAUCGUCUUCUCUCAGAGAGGAAGGCUAUACGAAUUUUCUAGCUCUGACAUGCAGAAUACGAUCGAACGUUACCACACGUACAGAAACGAUCAUGAAACCAGCAACCAGUACUCAGAAAUUUACAUCCAGCAAUUGAAGCAAGAAGCAAGCCACAUGAUCGCAAAGAUUGAACUCCUUGAGUUUCACAAGCGGAAGCUAUUGGGUCAAGAACUUUCUUCUUGUUCUCUACCAGAACUUCAAGAAAUUGAUAGUCAACUUCAAAGAAGUUUGGGCGAGGUUCGAGCAAGAAAGGCUCAGAUGUUCAAGGAGCAGUUGGAGAAGCAAAAAGCAAAGGAAAAACAACUGUUAGAAGAGAAUGUCCAGUUACAUCAAAAGAAUGUUAUAGAUCCAUGGAGAGGGUCGAUUGAUCAACAAAAGAAAUUCAGAGUUAUAGACCUGAACUUGUAAGUAGCCAGAAAAUAUCGCAAACAACAUUAUAUUGUAUGUUUAUUCAACCAUGCAAACCUUAAAAUUUUUCGUAAAUCACGAAGAAUGAUUUGUAAUAUGAUCUUAUGAUUGUAUUUCUUAUAUAGUUAAUAAGAGAAUAAUACCUAUAAUCAAACUUU